AUGCCAAACGUUGGACGGCCGAGCCGGGACUGCCAACCAUGUCGACAUCGAAGAAUCAGGUGCGAUCUCGCACGUCCAGGAUGUACUCAGUGCCUAAGGAGGGGACUGCGCUGCCACGGAUAUCGAGAUGAAAUAUCUGGGCGCUUUCAAAUCGAGACCACACACUCAAUUCAACUCAAGAUUAAAAUUGAUGGUCGCAAAAAACGCCAUUUGGUCAAUACAGCCUCCGAGAAAGAUCGGUGCCACUAUAAGCAAGAAUCAACGCAGUCGCUGAUACUCAGCCCUUCCCGAGAAUCGCAGCUGAAGAAACAGCUCCUUCUCUGGAAAAAUCACCAAUUGGCACAUGCAGUAUCGAAACCACUGCCAGUGAUAUGGACCGAUCAUGCGUUGCCGCUUGCCUGUGACAAGUUUGCCUUUUCGUGUCCUGUGUUCUCGACUGUCCAUCGAUUACUGUCUCGAGCAGAAGAGGGUUCUGCGACGUAUCUCGCUGCAUACGCAGUCGGAUGUGCCUACCUAGCGAGCAUGGAUCAUUCGAAUACUGCUCUCUCGCGACAUAUCAAAGCGUAUGCGAAGGCUGUUUCUGCCAUGAACCUCGCUCUCCGUGAUGCGGAACAAGUGAGAAGCGAUAGUACCUUGUUGGGUGUCUGGUUAUUGGGGCUAUACGAGCUAGUGGUUGCGACACCAGAAAAGGCACAUAAAACCUACUCCUGGGACAUUCACAACCAAGGUCUACUGCAACUCAUCCGAGUACGAGGUCUGGAGCAAUUUCAAGACCAAGAUGGGAGAAAUCUAUUCUGUAUUAUUUUCAAUAAUUUGGUGAGUAAGUCUAUAAUCCUUGCGCCUGAUAAGCAGUACUUUGUGGAAGCAAUUACCUGGUUCGAAGCAAUAUAUCAACAUUGUGCAACAUGGGAAUACCCAUUAUUGAAGGUUUAUCGUUUUUCAUACAAGUGUAUGCGCCUCUGCAGUUCGAUCAGAGAUCUUCUCGCUCAGAAACAUGACCACAACAUGCCGUUUUCAGCCAUGCAGUCCAUUUUGCAGGAGGUCGAUGAGUUGGAGAGUACAGAUGAUCUCCAAUUUUCUUCAGCAUUAGCGACUGACUGGCCAAUAAAUCUUCCGUCGGAACCAUAUGACUUUCUGAAUCUCGGUUACAUGGCUUCAUACAUCUUGCAAUCCAACUACAGAUUACGGGUUACGUACCACCUGAAAGAUCUAUUAGACUCCGCAUUAUAUACCUCUGAUUAUACAUCGGAGAUGACCGACAGAUUGCAGGAAUCACGGGAUAGGUGUCUGAAAGAGGUGUAUUUCCUGAAAGAAAAGAUACAAUCAUUCUUGCCAUUGAUUCGCGAUACACGUUUUCGAAGCAUUACAAAAUUUGGUGCAGAUGUCUUUCUUCAUCAGCCCUUACUUCAUUAG